AUGAACGAAUUGGAGGAUUGUCCUGGUGAUAGAGUAUCUUCGCUCUUGUUCACGCCUCAAGACCAACUUCUUGUGACUGCUUGGGAUUGUCAGACGCGUCUUUACGACGCGUGCGACUCAUCGAAUGUGGUUGCCAAGAUCGCGUCUUCAGUGCCAAUGAUUUCAUCCCGAGGUCUCUUCUCAUCGGUGUAUACCGGCGGGUUGGAUGGAUCAAUUCGACUUGUAGAUUUGGAAAACCAAUCAUUGAGCCCGCUUCCUGUAGAUAAAUUGGAAGGUGGAGUCGCCCACAUGGUAAAUAAUAACAAUACUAACUCGCUCUUGGCCGGGUCGUGGUCAGGUGUCAUGGCCCAAGUAGAUCCUAGAACCAAUAAAACCCUUGGCCGGUGGACCGUUCCACACAAAAUCGUGGCCAUGGAUGCAAAUGACCAAUAUCUAGCCGUAGGGAUGACCAAUCGAGUGGUCCAUGUGUACGAUCAUCGGAAUUACUCAGUGCCAUAUCAAGUGCGCGAAAGCGGACUCAAGUUCCAAAUGACCGAUUUGAAGUGUUGGGAUGAAGGAUAUGCACUUUCUUCAAUCGAUGGCAGGGUUGCCAUCGAGUUCUACGAUCCAUCAGAGGCUGUCCAAGCCAAAAAAUAUGCAUUCAAAGGACACCGAACCUCGGGGCAAUUGAUGGAUGAAGUGUACCCAAUCCACGGGCUUUGUUUCAAUGCAGGUCUCUUGUACACAGCGGGGAACGAUUUGGUUUGUCUGUGGAACUUCCAGGCAAGGAAACGGGUAAAGCUGUACAAGGUUCCUAGAUCAACAGUGGCUCCUGAGAUAGUCCCAGAGGUGACCCAUGUGAGCGUAGACUCCAGUGGGAAAUACAUGGCAAUUGCUGUGAAUGAGCUGCACCAGUUGAAUAUAUCCUCGAAUAACCAGCAGGCGCACCAUCCGAACACCACGCCGCACUCAAAAGUUUAUCUCAAGUCGAUGAGAUGA